AAUAUAAAAUUCUAAAGGGUUCACAAACUUUCAAGCACCACUGUAUGAUGUCAGAUGUCUGUGGUUCUGCUCAAUAUACAGUACCAGUCAAAAGUUUGGACACAGCUUCAAAUUUCAUGUUUGUUUUUUUUAAGAUUUUUUUUGGGCUUUUUUCACCUUUAUUAUUGGAUAGGACAGUGUAGAGACAGGAAAUGAGCGGGAGAGAGAGAUGGGGAGGGAUCGGGAAACGACCUCGGGCCGGAAUCGAACCCAGGUCCCCGGAUUUAUGGUAUGGCACCUUAUCCACCUGAGCCACGACACCCCCUCUCGUUUUUUCUUUAUUUUUAUUAAGAGCCUUCAUGUCUUAAAGUAAUGAUGAAUGUAGUUUCUCUUUACUUAGUUGAGCGCUUCUUGACAUAAUAUGGAUUACUACAGUUGUGGAAUAGGGUUAUUUACUGUUAUUAUUUACUGCUUGAUCUCAAACACAUUAAGAAGGCAAGAAAUUGCAUUAAUUAACUUUUGAAGAGGCACAGCUGUUAAUUGAAAAGUAUUCCAGGUGACUCCCUCAUGAAGCUGGUCAAGAUAAUGCCGAUAGUGUGCAAAGCAUCAAGGCAAACACUGGCUACUUUGAAGAAUCUAAAAUAUGAAGUUUGUUUACCAUACAAUUCCAUGUGUUAUUUGAUAUCUUCAGUAUUGUUCCACAAUAUAUAAAGUAGUCCAAACGCAGAUAAACCGAUGAAUGAGUCGGUGUGCCCAAACUUUUGACUGAUACUGUACCAUAAGAAAUACUACGCACGGUCAAAGUCUGUACCUUUAGGAUUCCAGGCACACAUGAUGAUCCUCCUGUCCUCAGGAUUGGAUUUGAUUGUAUCGAUGACUUUCUGCAACUGGUCAACACCUUGGCCAGAAUAAUCUGGUAAUGAGAGUCAGAAUUAGAAUACAUUGUGGUAUAUAAACAAGCCAUUUAGAGUGGUUAAAUGUAGCAUUUUAUGGAAGACCAUACUUCCUGUUUUACAUCCUGAUUUUUCAUUCUUGCAAUCAGUGAUGACUUAUUAAAAGUUAACAGACCUGACAUCUAAUACUGGUUAUCUGAAUUCUGAAUGUGGCUUUAAAAGAACUUCUCAGUAGUGUGAUGUUACUAAACCAGGUACCUGCUAAGUAACAUCAGUUUACUUCCAUAUAUGAGAUUAAUCUGUACAUAAUCCAGCAGGAGUAAAAAUACUUUUUGCUGGUUACUGAAAUGGCCAUUAAUUCAAUUAGAUCAGUGUUUCAUACUUGUACUGUGCUUGUUGUGUGUCCAGUAAUUUUUCUCCAUCAGUUAUUUUAGAAUUAAAUUCAAGUUUGUUUGAAAAUUAUUCAAACAAACAAAUUAUUCAAGUUUCUUCUUCUCCGUGCUCUCACGGAAGGCGGUCGCAUUUCUCUGCCUCUCCCUUCCCUUAUCUUCCCUACUUCUGCUGUCUCGUCUGUCUAUUGUCUAUACUUUUGAGAGACUCUCUCCGCACUGCUCUCCAAACUAAAAAUCAUGGAAUUGAUAAACUGGUCUCUUCACACAAUUGACACAAUCUUCUCGACGAGAAGCCUGGGUUCGGGGGAACCAGCCUGUCCUGCCAGAACGUUCGCAGCUGGCUAUACGAUGGACGCGUGGGAGAGGUGGGGGGGUCGUGUACCUGGCAGUUCUUUCUGUGGAGGACACUGAAGACAUCUACCUACUCGGAACCAUGAUUACAGGACUUUUGCUGAUUGGAUUAGGCAUUGCCCUGGUUUAUCGAGGAAAAUCAGAAAACAGUGACAGCUGUCCAAAGCCCCAUAAAGCUGCCCGACAUGAUUGAAGUGGCGGGCAGAGCUGUCGGCACUCAGACCGUGGCUAUUCAGAACUUGAACCGCAACAUGGAUAACAUCAUGGAGAAGCUUUUGGCUUUGCAAAGGAAAAUGGAUCGAUUCGGAGACCAGAAUGGACAAACAGAGUGGUCGUGUAAAGGAAUGCGUCUUCUCGCCCCAAGACCAAACAAUCCCAAUCUUAUCUGCUUUCGGCUCCCUCAGACAGCACUGGCCUUGGCCAAGGCCGUUGCUGGGACAACAACUCCCCCUGAAGAUCACUGCAGUGAGACACUCUCGUAUUCCUUCCCCCACUUCCCACGGUCGCCGCUUUUACCCCCAGUGUGACAAGUGGGUAAGCGCCAUCUUCGGCUGCAGGACUGGACUGCUUGUUUGCGCUGGGUUACCUAUACCUCUGCCCCUCCCCCCCCACCAUGAUCGCCCCCUCCCUCACCCCCUUCCCCUUCGAGUCCCGAGUUUUUAUGUUGUAAAGUGUAUGGUGUUAUUUUUGUGCUUAUGUGCGGAGGUGUUUUUUUAAUGUUCCCCACACUGUACUCCCCACAGGAGCAUAGUGUGGGGGUUGCUUUUUUCUCCUCCCCUCAUGUUACUCUGUAUUUUUCAUCCCUGUCUACUCCCCCUGUGUCAAUUGUAUGUAUGUGUAUAUGUAUGGACGGGUUGACGGCUAAUUUCGCUGGUACUUGUGACUAAGUGACAAUAAAGGGUUGAUUCAUUGAUUCAAAUUGAAAGAAAAAUUAAGUUUCUAGUUUAAACACAUCAAAAAAAAAAUCUGCUCAUAGUCUUCCUCAAAAUGUUAAAUGACUUUCGGAUUUAUUUAUUUAUUUGCUACCAUUACUAUACAACUGCACAGAGAUGUUCAGCUUCUCAACUGUGCCAUACAAUCAAUGAUCCAAAUAUUGCUUUGCUAUCCUGUGUAUUUACUGUACAUCACACUGAUGUGCAUUGUAGAUUUGCACUUUAUCCUGUACACUGUGCUGCUCAUGUGACUUUCCCUGUCCCUUUACAGAAAAAAGAUGCAAGAAUGCACAUUUUUUCCAUUUGUAAACAUUUUUUUCUGAACCACACAGCUCUGUGCUUUGUGUAGUUUUAAAUGCCAAAUAUUGUGGCAUUUUUAUGCUGCAAUAGUUUUCACACACCCACCAGUAUGCAUGUCUUUGUAUUCUGCUCCAAAGUGUCUCCACUGGAAACCGUACACAGGGCCCAAGUCCCCUUCCUCACGCUCCGUGAAUCCAUUCUUAUCAAGAAACUCCCGUGAGCCGUUGGCAUCCCAAAUCUUCACACCUUUCUCUGAAAGCUCUUUGGCAUUUGUUGAGCCCUACAAAAAAGAUCCGUGUUAGAUUGCUGCCCUCUAUUGGUAACUCAUUAUGACUAACCCACCAGUCAGAUUUACGUAGAUGUUAAAUGUUCAAUGCAAAGUUAAACAAGUUUGACUAGUGGAUGCAAAGUCCAAUUCAACCAUGCAUGCUGCGCCUGAAAGAAAAUCAGCUACAGCAGCUGAAAUUGUUUAGGUUCAAUUUCCGUAUAUUACUCUUAGACACGGAACUGGUACCAGGGUUUUUUCUAGAAAAAUUUAGUAUGAGGGCGCUCACCAUGGCGAGGGAGUAAAGCGGGGGGGGAUGGUGCCGGUUGUCUCCCCCCGCUGUGCAAAGCCUUUGAAAAAUGCUCCAAUGGGAUAUUCUGAGGCUAUCUGAGAGGGAAAUUGUAAUAAAUUGUCUGUCAACAUUGAAAAAGAAAGAAGUAAUCUUCUUCUGCCCCGGACAGUCUUUGGCUUUCUUCCGCUUCGUGCCGCGAGAUGACAUCUUUAAAUGCCCAAGUGUCAACAAAAACAACUCGUGAACUUCUUGUCAAAAGCUCCCACGCCGGUGGGUGAAAGGUCAUUCAGUCUCGAGAAAUCUCGCUCUACAAGUCAGCUGACCUUGUAUGUAACCCAUGUCAAAUCUCGCGAGAGCAGCCGCGACAAGGCGACAACUAAACAACAUGGCGCCUCAGUUUGGAAAACGCCAAUUCGGAUUGUUUUUGCACCGUCUGGCGGUGUAUCUACUAUGAUUGGAAUAUUUUUGGAGCAAUUAUAACGUAUUUGAUGAUCAGACACAUUGUCAUGUAGUGUUGCUGGGAUGUUUUCAUGGAGUCGGUAAGGGGGCGCACACCGAGAGUAAGAGGGCGCAGCGCCCCUGUUCCCCCGUUUAGAUGAAAGCCUGGGUACAGCCUGGCUACUUUUGUGGGAGGAAAGAGGGAAAAAAAAAAAAAGUGUGCUAUAGCCAUGACAUUAUUUGACUUAAAAUUCAAGAGCAGUCAUUUAAUGCAAGAGCAGGACUACAGCAGUUCUCAGGCAACUUUCCUUUAUACUAAACAAAAAUGUGUACCCCAGUAUCAGCUGUGUGUGACGAACCAUUAGAUAAACACAAAAGCAAAUGGAUGAUAUUUAGGACAUGAUUUGUGAUGGGUCUCUAAAGGUUAAAUGGGUGGAUUUGAUUGAUUUUUAAAUGUUUUUUUUUAAAUUAACUUUAAACUCACUGAGCCCAACCCAGGUCCAGCCAUGUACACAGAACUCACCCAUGUCUGGUGGCUGUGUAACAAGAGUUUGCACUUACAAAGACAGUCAUGACAUCACUUUCAAGUGCAUUCAGACAUUCAACUACUUGAAAGUAAAGUUAAAAUUCUAAACAUGCAAUGUGCUUUAAUAAAUGAUUUAUGAGGAUGUGAAGAGGAAAAAGUGUUCAGGGCGUGUCUAUAAAAUGACUGACAAGAAGCCAAUUCUUAUUUAGAUUCUGGACCAAAAGCCGGCUUUUCUAACCCCCCCCCAAAUGAUGUAAAGUUUACUACAUAAACACCCAUAGUGCAUCUGGAUCAAGCCUUUUGUCUUUGGCUCAGGUUGACUGACUCAAGAAUGCUUUACAUGUUUAAGAACAAUUAAAAAAAAAUCCCACAACAGGUUUUUCAAGCCAUGCAAUACACUUGUUCUAAGACAAUGGCUUGGAUUGAUCAAACUAUUGAAUAGAUCCAUCCAUCCAUUAUCUGUAGUCGCUUAUCCUGUGCAGGGUCGCAGGCAAGCUGGAGCCUAUCCCAGCUGACUACGGGCGAAAGGCGGGGUACACCCUGGACAAGUCGCCAGGUCAUCGCAGGGCUGACACAAAGACAAACAACCAUUCACACUCACACCUACGCUCAAUUUAGAGUCACCAGUUAACCUAACCUGCAUGUCUUUGGACUGUGGGGGAAACCGGAGGAAACCCACAGAGACACGGGGAGAACACGCAAACUCCACACAGAAAGGCCCUCGCCAGCCACUCGGCUCGAACCUGGACCUUCUUGCUGUGAGGCGACAGUGCUAACCACUACGCCACCGUGCCGCCUGGAAUAGAUUGGAUUACUUCAACUUCUUUUAAAUCCUUUCUACAUAAAUUUUCCACAUGAUUAGUACUUGUAAGAAAUGAACAAUCAGUGUUGACUAUCGCACCUUUUAAGAGUACGUAAUGUAUCCAAUUUGGAAUGGAGUAAAGUAAUAGAUGCAAAAUUGCUACAGGGCAAUUUGGAUUAAUGUAGAUUUUUUUCCACAUGUACAGUACUUCAGGUUUGCAUGAAAUGCAUCAAUAUGUAAUUGACUUUAUAUUUCAUAUCAUCCAUAAAAUGUUCAAGUUAUGCACGGAAAAACCUUGGCGUACCAUUAAAACUACUCAUUGUUAAGGGUACACUCUCGUCCAACAGCUCCGCAUUUCUAGAGAUCACCAAUGAAGGUUAUCACCAUUGAUGUUUCUGCAAACAAGCAAACCCAACUGAAGGCUGCAUUUUAAACUCAGUAAAACUUUCGGUCGUAUUUUCUGAUGUUAUUACCGUCUGAUAACCAGAGCAUAUAGGUGAUCAGGAAAUAAUCGCUUACCUUUAUGAACCACAGUAACUCCUCCAAGAUCCCCUUCCAGAAAACGCGUUUAGUCGUCAGCAAAGGAAACUGAUCUUUAAAAGAAAAAUCAUAUAAUGGAUACAUUAUGAUUAAAGGGCUGGGGGAGACUUAGCAGGAGCUCAAACACAAUGUAAAGUUAACUAUGUAAGCACCCAUAAUGCAUCUGGAUCAAGUCUUUGGAUUUUGGCUCAGAUUGGAUUACAGUAUCAAUAAUACUUUACAUGUUUAAGAACAGUAAUAUUAAAAAAAAAAAAAAGAAGAAAAAAAAAAAACAUUGUGUUAGGUUCUGAUCUGUCUGUACUGAAGGAACUGACAAAGUAUGAUCCAGGACUGUCGACCUCUAGUGCCUAGGAGAUCCUGACUCACGGAUCUGGGAGCAGUCACUGACACGACUGUUCAGAGAUGUUUCUCAGUUCAUUGUCAGACAAACAUGGGUGUGUGUGUGUGUUAUUUAUAUAUAUAUAUAUAUAUAUAUAUAUAUAUAUAUAUAUAUAUAUAUAUAUAUAUAUAAAAAUUUUCUUCAAGUGUGUUGUAGCUAUGUGACUGGAUGAUGAUUUCAUUGAUGAAGCAAAGUUAUGUAUGUAUAACGUAAAUGGGUGAAGACACAAACGAGACACAUUAGGCAUCAUUACAUCACCCGUCAGGAUCAUAGUUUUAUGUAAAGUAAGGAUGUAAACGGUUAAUCGACUAUCGGUUAAUUGUCGAAAAGAAUUUAAAUCGAUUAUAUUAAAUUGUAGGUUAACUGAAUCGAGGGCCAUUUUCCACAGGAGUUUUUUUUCAGUGAAAUGUCAUGUGUCACCAGUUGAGGGUGCCAUUGCUUAAUCUAGGCCACACUGAACGUACUUGAACGUAACGCGGAAUUCUCAUGGGCGGCGAGAGACCCGGCACACAAACACGAGGCGGUCAAAAUGGAGUGGAGUAUGGGAGCAUUUCAAGCUAAUUAAUGAUGACAAAGACGCUCAAUGUAAACUCUGCGGUACUACGUUUAAGUUCAGCAGCUCUACGAGUUCGCCAAGAUACCACCUUCAAAACCUGCAUGCAGCCGUGUUGCAGGGAGGAAGUCCAUCGCCUUCACAACCGACUAAUCGCCGCGGUGAUGGGAAGGCAGGAAAGCUGAGGGCAUUACUCAGAAGAUUUGCGGCAUGAUCGAAAAAGAUAUGAUGCCAAUUAGCACCACUGAUGGCGAGGGAUUUCGGGAGUUAAUACACUUCAUGGAGCCAGGUUAUAAUAUCCCUUCUCAAGCGACCAUAACUACCCGCCUGGAAGCACGCUACAAAAACAAGGCUGAGCUAAAAACACAGCUAGCCGUGGCUAAUGUGGCUUUGACGACAGAUUGUUGGACGGCACUGACUACAGAAAGCUACAUUACAGUGACUUGCCACUACAUUGAAAACGACUGGCAGGUAAAGUCAGCAGUCCUUCUCACCAGGAGCUUCUCCGAGAGACAUACAGCUGAUAAUUUGGCUGACAAACUGAACCAGGCUGUGGAGUCAUGGGGACUCACCGGGCGUGCAAUAGCCUGUGUUCACGACAACGCUCGGAACAUUGUCUUGGCAAACGACCCCACACGUCAUUUGGAAAUCAGUUUCGUGCUUUGCACAUACUUUAAAUCUGGCUGUCAACGACGGAUUCACUGCUGCUGGUGUCAACUGAGUAAUUGCAGCUGCUGGCAGGUUGGUGAAACACUUCCACCACAGCACUCCAGCAACAAAAGCGCUAAAAGCAAAACGAAAACAAAUGUAGCUACCAGCUCAUCGGCUCAUUCAGUCCUGCAAAACCAGGUGAAAUGUUUGGCAGACUCGUGGAACAGCGAUGGGCCGUGUGUGCUGUACUAUCAGACCGCUCAGUGACCAAGCUUACAGAUGCGAGGACGCUGGAGUUGAGAGACGACUUCUGGCAGCUGAUGGAAGACAUGGCGCCGGCACUGGAGGCUCUCAAAUGUGCAACUACUGUAAUGUCUGCAGAUACUGAGGUAUCCAUAUCCAACACUUACCCAAUCACAUUCAGUGUGAUCAACACGCACCUCAAGACGGCAGAUGGAGACGGCAGCAGAGUGGCGGAAUUCAAAUCUAAAGUGCGCACUUCGUCGGUUGAACGGAUGAAGGUUGAGUCUGAAGACCUCACAUCAACAACGCCAAUGGUAGCAACGAUGCUGGACCCACGGCAUAAGCACCUGGGAUUUCUGGUGCCGGUAAGCAGGAUCUCAGCUCAUUCCAAGCUGCUUGAACUGCCUAUGGCAGAACAUGUGAGCUGCACAUCAAGAGAUGAUGAAGCCACCACUGGAGAUGAUGUGCAAGUCCAGGGAGCUGCACUUCAGAGGCACACUUCUGCUAUGACUCGUCUACUGGGUGAAAACUAUACCACCAGCUGCAACAAUGACAUAGAAAAAGAAGUGGACAUGUUUCUCAAGGAUCCCUCACCACUCCUUGAUUCCAGUCCCACAGAAUGGUGGAAAGUCAAUGAAGGGCCAUUCCCGAGGCUGGCAAAUGUGGCACGAUGAUAUCUGUGCAUACCGGGCACGUCUGUCUCAUCUGAACAUGUAUUCUCAGCAGCUGGCCUCACUGUAAACAGGCUGCGCACACGACUUACUCCAGACCAUGUUAAUAUGCUUAUUUUCCUGAACAAAAAUACAGGGGUCUAGGUCAGGAGUCUAUUGAAAACACAUUGAGACAGGAAUGUUUUUGUUUCAGGAGAGGUAGCCUAUAUCUUCAUUUAAUUGUUUAAUAGAGGCCCUCUAAUUUUACUGUCACCUUCCUCAGGGAUGAUUUAAGUUGUGUUCAGUACUACGUUAUUGUAAAUUUCCAGGGCUAGUAAUCUUACUGUUACCUCUCUCAGAACAAGGGGGAUUAUAAGUGCUACUGCUAAUGUUUCAAGUUUUCCAUACAAGUACUUUACCAGAUAAUUAUAUGUAGGCUUAAUAUUGUGUAGGCCAAGCCCAUAUUGUUUCAUCUCAUUAUCUGUAGCCGCUUUAUCCUGUUCUACAGGGUCGCAGGCAAGCUGGAGCCUAUCCCAGCUGACUACGGGCGAAAGGCGGGGUACACCCUGGACAAGUCACCAGGUCAUCAUAGGGCUGACACAGACAACCAUUCACACACAAACCUGCAAACUCCGCACAGAAAGGCCCUCGCCGGCCACGGGGCUCGAACCCGGACCUUCUUGCUGUGAGGCGACAGCACUAACCACUACACCACCAUGCCGCCCAGCCCAUAUUGUAUAGAUUUAAAAAUUUAUUUUAUGUUGCUUAAUGUUUCACAUGCAACAGGUGAGCCAGUGCACAAUUAUUUUUUUUAUGUAUUUCAACUUUCUGUGCAGAAUUUAUUUUGGUUAAAUGCCAUUAUCUGUACCGUAUCCCAACUGGUGCAAUAAAACAUUAAUUGAGGAAUAUAA